AUGUUUCAGCCAACCCUUUCCUCUCUUUUGAGGAAACGCCGGCAACCUGAAUUGAGCUGUGUUCAACCUCAAAAGGAAAUGAAGUUUGGAGAAGUGACUGUGUACCUGGUGGAGAGAAGAAUGGGUAAAAGCAGGAGAAACUUCCUGACAAGUUUGGCCAGGUCAAAGGGCUUCUGUGUGGAUGACACCUUAAGUAAUAAAGUGACUCAUAUUGUAGCAGAAGACAAUCCAGCACAUGAGCUCUGGCCAUGGCUACAGGAGCAGGGCAUAUCAGACCUGGGCAAAAUGAAUGUCUUGGACAUUGCUUGGUUUACACAAAGCAUGAGAGCUGGCAGGCCCAUUCCAGUGGAGGCGCAACAUCGCAUACAAAAGCCAUCUGUGCAGCCGAAGCCAGAAGCAGGUCCACUAGACAGUCCUUGGCUUACUGUUUCUCAGUAUGCAUGCCAAAGACGGACCACACUGCACAAUUGUAAUAAGAUACUCACUGAUGCUCUGGAAGUACUGGCAGAGAGCUAUGAGUUCGUUGAGAGUAUAGGUCCAUGUCUGGGCUUCAGGAGAGCUGCAUCUGUGCUGAAGAGUCUUCCUGUGCAACUAUGCAGGAUCACUGACAUUGAGGGACUUCCCUGCAUUGGACCAGAAAGCAUGGCUGUUAUACAGGAUAUCUUUGAAUGUGGAUCAUCUUCAAAAGUUGAAGAAGUAUUAACAGAUGAGAGAUAUCAAACUUUGAAGCUUUUCACCAGUGUGUUUGGAGUUGGACCCAAGACAGCAGAGAAGUGGUAUCGCAGAGGCCUGCGUAGCCUGGAGCAGAUCGUCUCUGACUCCAGCAUCCACUUAAACAAGAUGCAAAUAGCAGGAUUCCAGUAUUAUGAAGACAUCUCAAAGCCAGUAAGCAAAGCUGAGGCUGAGGCAGUGGGUCAGAUUAUAGAGGAGAUUGCUAGCUAUUUCAGUCCGGAUGUCACUAUCACUCUGACUGGAGGUUUCCGCAGGGGAAAAGAAUUUGGGCAUGAUGUAGAUUUUCUCCUUUCUGUACCUGGGCCUGGUAAAGAGGAUGGACUUCUAACUACUGUGAUUGAUCGACUCAGGAGUCAGGGCAUUCUCCUUUACUCAGACCUCCAGGAAUCAACUUUUGAUCUUAACAAGUUGCCAAGUCGUCGGUUUGAAGCCAUGGACCAUUUCCAGAAGUGCUUCCUGAUCGUGAAGUUGAAGAAAGAGCAGGUGGUUGGUCAGCAGGCAGAACAGAGACGUGGGAGAGACUGGAAGGCAGUGCGGGUGGAUUUGGUGGCACCUCCGGCUGAGCGCUAUGCCUUCGCCCUGCUGGGCUGGAGUGGCUCCACGCAGUUUGAAAGAGACCUGAGGAGAUUUGCCAGGAUGGAGCGCAACAUGCUACUGGACAAUCAUGCCCUCUUUGACAAAACUACGAAUACCUUCCUGCCGGCUAAGACAGAGGAGGACAUCUUCAUCCAUUUGGGAUUGGACUAUAUUGAGCCUUGGCAGAGGAAUGCUUAG